AAGCGAAUAUAAGAAGCUUUUGUUAUUAAAAACUUGAAAACAAAACGAAAAGAAAAUAUCUGACUUCUAUACAAAUUUCACACAUUAAAUGUUUAAUUUGUUGUUUUUUCUUGGGAGGAAAAAAAAGCUGCUUUUAUGAAUCCUUGGCAUUUAUAAUCGCAUUAUUAGCUGGAAUAUGCACAGUCGAAAGAACACUUUAAAAUAUUAAUUUUUAAAUAUAAAUUUUUUGCGAAAUUUUUCACGUCUUAUAUACAUUUUACUAUUUUCUAUCAAAGAUAAAAUAUUGCUGCAGCGCUUGGAAAUAUUUUUUUAAAACUGAAAGAUCGAAUUUUUAUGGUGUUCUGUUUGCUUAAUAUUUAAAAAGAAAAUUGAAUUGUCGAAAUUUUCAAAGUGUUUAGAUGAAUGCUAUGAUAUAGAUAAACAGAAUGAUAUAGAUAAGCAGUUCACACAUUAAUUAAUAAAAAUGACAUCUAUUACUCAAAGUCUAAAUGAAAAUGAUGCAACAAAUGACAUUGAGACCUAUUACAGGCCAUUUAAUGUUUUAGAAUCUAUUUCCAAUCGCCAAUUGGGAAUUUCUACUCCUUCAUUUAAAUAUAAAAUGCGAGACAUGAAAGUAAAGCAACUUUCCCGUUCCUCAAAUACAUUUGAAGUCGCUAAUUGCUCGAAUAUGAUGUGCAAGUUUAUUGGCGCUUCCACGUAUGCUCCAGACAGUUUGAUCGGUGUCUGGAAACAGAACGAUUCCGAAAAUUUCCAUUCCGUUGUCCACCUCAAGAUACAGUAUAGUCCCACCUCAGGAAAUGACAUUAGCAUGCCUGUAUAUAUUCCAGUACAAGAUGGACCUUUUAACAUGAAUCUUGAUGUAAGAGAUUUUUUAUACACUACGGCCAACGACGAAAAUAUUUUGUACGUGAUUGGCAACACUGAGACCUCUGGCAGACUUCAGCUGUUGUCAGAACCCUUAGAAGAAUGGACUCUCGAUGAAACGGAAAUGGAAUUUCCUAAUUUUGUGUACAGUGUUGCAAUUCAUUCAAGAAAUCCUGUUAUCGCUGUUGGGGGUGAGAACACCUGCUAUCUGUACGAUUCUGAAGAAUUUGAUGACGAGGUGGAGGCAUUCGUUUUGCCGGAAAUGCCUGGGAUUGUUCAUGCUCUUACGUUCAACGAGGAUGGAGAUAUUCUGUAUAUCGGCUGUGAUGAUGGGGAAUUGCUCAGUUUUGAUCUACGUUUGGAUGGGAAUGAUCUUUCCUAUAAACCCUUUUGUCCUUGCGGCAUUGAAGGAGUUAUAGAUAUGAAAUUGUUGUCGAAUGAAAGGCAACUUGCAUUUGCUGAUGUUGAUGGUGAUAUGGGAUUAUUAGAUCUUCGAAAGAGGCGUGCCAUUUUUCAUUACCCAGAGCACAAAAACAGUCUGUACUCCAGAAAGUUUACGAUUAAUGAUGAAUUAGAUCUUAUGUGUGCAACUGGAGAUGAUAACAUCACGAGAUUGUGGUCCCUGAGUAGUGGCAAAUUGUUGAAGAGAAUCGUACCACCAAAUAAGGAAGAAAUAACUCACUCUUGUCUGAUCUCCUACCACAGACAGUGGUUUGUUGUUGAAGUACAAAAUAAUGUGAUUACACCCAUUCUUAUAAGUUGAUGAAGUAAUUUUUAAACAAUUGAAUUAAUAUAAAUUUUUUUUCCAAAUAAGAAGUGGUUACAAUGAGAUACCUUUAUUAUUUUUAGUUUGGCUAACUAGAUAAUUUAAUCCUGGAUGAUUUAACUGUAAUUUUCUGACUAACAGGGUAUAAAUGCACCUGGAAAGUUGUGAAAAAUCAUGGAUUUUGGUAUUGAACAAAAUUUGUCACGAAAUGUCAUGAUUUUACCUGUUUAAAAAAAAUCGGGGAAAGUCAUGGGUUUAGGUCGCUGUAAAAUCUUUUUAAAUAGAAUUAACCCCCCUUCCAAUUUCACAGUGUUUCAAUGUUCCAAAUAUCUAAAUUUGUAGCGAAAUCCCCACUUAUAGUCAUAUUCUAUUAAAGUAUAAAAUAUUUUUAUCCUGUUUUAUAAAAACUAUUGUGUUCUUUCAAAAAAAUGAAAGAAAGAACAUUAUUUCU